CUAUAUAAAUAUGAGUGCAGAAGAUGUAUAGCACAUCCACAUGCAUGUACUCCAUCAUCAAGAGCUAAACCAAUUGAACAAUGGAGUCUCUUAUUUUCCAAUACCCUAUUUUCAUAACUUUUAUAGCCACCUUAUUAUUAGCCUACGUCAUAAAAUCCAUGCAAAACCCUAGCUCAUCAAAAUUACCACCAUGCCCUCCAAAGUUACCCUUCAUAGGCAACCUCCACCUCCUCUCUUCCAAAAAUACCCUCCCCCACCGCCGCCUCACCGAGUUGUCUAAGAAGUACGGCCGAGUCAUGAUGCUACAACUCGGCCAAGUACCGACGAUCGUUGUCGCAUCGGCCGAGAUGGCGAGGGAGGUGAUGAAAACUCAUGACGCGGUGUUUUGUAACCGGCCUGAGCUCAUGGUGGGCAAGGAAGUGUUCUAUGAUUGUAAGGACAUAGGGUUGGCACCCUACGGCGAGUAUUGGAGGCAAGUGAGGAAGAUUUCGACGCUCGAGUUGUUUACCUUGAAACGAGUUGACUCGUUCCGGUUCAUUAGGGAGGAGGAGACUUCAAAUAUGGUGAAGGCAAUUGGGAAGGAAGUUGGGGGUGUUGUUAAUCUUAGCAACAAGUUCUUUGUCCUUGCUUGCGAUGUUAUGUGUAGGGCAACAUUUGGCACAAAAGGAAACGAGCAAGCAGCAUUAAGAGCAUAUACAGCAGGAGUAACACAAACUUGCACUGGAUUUUGCCCAGCAGAUGUUUACCCUUCGAUUACAUUUCUUAAAACAAUUAGUAAGGCUAAAUUUCAAAAGUUUACCAAGGAAUCAGAUCGAAUACUUGAUCCUAUUAUUGCUGAUCACCAGUUUAAGAAGAAACAGGGUAAACAAGAUCAUGAAGAUUUAGUGGAUGUUCUUCUGAAAUAUCACAAGGACAAUGUUGACAAUCCUGGUGAUUUUUCCAUGUCAACUGAUAAUAUCAAAGGAGUUAUUGUGGAGCUUCUAGGAGGUGGAAGUGAGAAUUCAUCAGCAACACUAGAAUGGACAAUGUCCGAGUUGCUAAAGAACCCAAAAGUAAUGGAGAAGGCGCAAGCCGAGGUACGACGAGUGUACCAAGAGAAAGGAGGAGUUGAUGAGACGAAGCUACACGAGCUCAAGUACUUGAAACACGUAGUAAGAGAAGCCUUACGGCUCCAUCCACCCGUCCCUCUUUUGGUCCCGAGAGAAUCUAUGGAGAGAUGUCAAAUUUAUUCUUAUGAUAUACCCGCCAAAACCCGGGUGGUUGUCAAUGCAUGGGCUAUUGCAAGGGAUCCCAAAUAUUGGCAUGACCCUGAAAAAUUUAGUCCCGAGAGAUUUGAAGACUCUUCAAUAGAUUAUAAAGGAAAUAAUUUCGAGCUGAUUCCUUUUGGUGCUGGAAGGAGAAGGUGCCCCGGUAUAACACUAGGGGUAGCUAAUGUUGAGCUAGGGUUAGCUGCGUUGCUCUACCAUUUUGAUUGGAAGUUGCCUUAUGGGGUUCAACCUGAAGAUCUAGACAUGGAUGAAUCUUAUGGCUUGACAAUGAGAAGGAAAAACAAUUUGUUUGCAAUUCCUACCCCCUUUUAAAUAGUCGACUGUUAAGACAUGAUGAACACAACUUUAAGUUAAAUAAAGAUCUUUGAUGUAAUAUAUUAUGCAUUUUGUAAUGAUUGAUUAUUUGAUUGGUGCAUGUGUGUUGUUGUAAUCCGAUUUCAAUGUAUCAUUAGAGAAAACUCUAAUAUAUGUUAAUAUGUUAUGGAAUAA